AUGAAUAGUAUUAAUGUCACUAAAUUAAAAAAAUUAACCAAAGAUGACUUGUUCAAAAGAGAUGUGUUUGGUCGUACCAUAUUACACAUAUGUAUUUUGGUAAACAACCCUGAUGCUUUGAAAAGCUUAACUAAAAACCCAGAUUUUAAGUCAAUAUUAAAACACAAUGAUUAUGAAAAUGGCUGGAAUUGUUUGCAUUAUAUUUUUUUCCACAAGCGCUUACAGUGUCUUAAAAUUUUAAUUGAUUAUUUACAAGGAAUAGUAGUUCAAGGUAAUAUUUUUGCCACCAACUCUCCUUUACUAGAGUUGUUAAAAUUUAAAGAUCGAAAUGGAAAUACACCUUUAAACCUUCUUAAUAAUGAUUUCAAAGAUUUGCUUUGGUUCCCAGAGUACAUUACUGACAAGAAUGAAUUUCAUAUGACUUACAAAUAUCAACACAUCAAACCAGCCAAGGAAAUAAAGGAAGAUGAAGAUGGAGAUAUGCCUGAUAUCUUACCCUUUUUGAAAUCAUCUCAGAUCUCAUGGACUGAAAAACGAGGAGCUUCUGAGAUUUAUGUUUUUGGAUGCAACACUAACAAUCAGCUAGGGGUAGGCGAUUCCACCGAUAGAGCAACCCCGGCACUUUUGUACCACGACAACUUUAAACUUACUAGUGACACUGCUAGUCCCAUUAGUGAGAGGUUUAAACGUCCUAGAUACAAACGUAUUAUAAUAUCGAAAAACCAUUCUCUUGUGGUUACUCAAGAUGGAGAGUUGUUUUCGUGUGGUGUUGGUUCAAGGGGAAGGUUAGGACACGGAUUAGCAGAUUUGAAUAAUUAUUUUAAAUUCAAAAGAAUAGAGUUUUUUAAUGACAAAAAGAUCAAGGAUGUUGCAAUUUCUAGUAAUCAUUCAAUUGCGUUAACCACUGAUAAUGAGGUUUAUGCGUGGGGACUCAAUAGUUUCAAUCAGUUGGGGGUGCCGAAUAUGAAUAAUAAAAAAUCGACAAAUUAUUUGGACAAAUUCAUUGCCACUCCAAUCUUGGCUGGUGGUGAACUCCGCAGAAUUCAAAACAUUAUGGGUGCUGAGGUCUCCAAAAUUCAUUCAUUAGUAUGGUCAAAAAACUGUUUGUGCUUUUGGGGAUUAAAUGUUGGCCAAAUGGGUAUUUCAUGUACUAACGGUGAUAUUGAGGUCAAAGUACAUGAGCGGUCAGUAAGAGGUGAAACACAAGUGAACCCACGAGCAAUCCAGUUGCGAGAUGACAUAAAGUGUGUGAGUACCAGUGAAUUGUGUACGUGUGUGGUGACGACACUAAAUGACAUUCAUGUGUACUACAAUUAUCAACAUUUUAAACUACCGAAAAUCCCAAUUAAAGGACAUAGCGAUAAACAUUUUGAUUAUUUUAAACCGAGAAGAAUCACAGAGGCUGCAGUUAUUAAAAAAAUAGUUACCAGGGGUCCUGAGAAUUGUAUGCUUUUAUUGAAGAACGGAUCAGUUUUGUCAUUUUCAGUCAAUACAAGCGAUAUAAAGAAUACCAAAUAUACUUCGAUAUGGAAAGCUUAUGAUCAUGAUAUGGUAGCCACUGACAUUGAUAUUUCAACAGAUGGUUCUGUUGUUUUGUGUACUAGAAGUGGUGCCGUCUUUGUUAAAUCAACACUCUCAUCCAAUCAAAGAAAAAACUCUAUGAGUGGUGCAACAUUACCAAUACCCCUUACGAAGAAUAAAUUCAAGAAAAUUGAAAGUGUUGAUAAUGUUGUUAGAGUAACAUGUGACCCCAAGUUUUUAUCAUUUGGGUUUAUGAGGGACGAUAUUGAUUUGUUGCCGUUGGAACUUCCACAAAACGAUUUUUUCACCGACAUAGAGACUUUAUCCCCGGCAGUUGAAUAUAAUUUCGGCAGAAAACAAAAUAAACUAUUUGACAACAAUAAUAAUUUGUAUAUUGCUAGCUUUUUUAAUCCAACACGAACUAAUACGCAUGAAGAAGAUGGUGAUGACACGGAAUAUAAUGAAUUACAUUCGAAACAAGAUACACUAGUUGUCAACAAGAUCAAAGAGAUCUAUAACAACAAGUUUGAUGAUAAAGUAAAUAAACGAAUGAAGACGCUGAACACGUAUGAAGAUGUUAUCUCAGAAGAUGCGUAUUCUAAUAUCAAGAAGUGUAGUGGUUAUGAAGAGGACUACACUGAUAGUUUGAAGGAUAUCCUAGUCAACAAUGAAAACUUUUAUGAUGCAAAUUUUGAAUUUGCGUUUGCUGAGGAUGCAAAAUUUGGGUUUCAUAGCAGUGUUCUUCAAGCCAGAUCAAAUGUUUUUAGAAAAUUGUUACAGUUGAAUGAUGCAAACGAAACUUUAAUUGGUGAUAAUAUCAAGAUAGUUUGGAUUCCAGAAAAAUCAACUCUAAGAGUUUUAACAACCGUUUCACCUGUUGCUGCCUUGAUGUUCAUGCAUUCUGUUUACAGUGGGAGAAAAAUGGAUAACUGGGAACAACAUGUUUUCUCGUAUUCUUCUCCAGAACAAGUUAGGCUCAGGAUAAACCAGUAUCAAGCACUUUGCAGUUUGUUUGGUAUUAACAAUGACAGGUUGUUAGUCACAAAAGCUUUUCAAGGUUUGCUUGACAGCAAUACUGGUGACGUCGUUAUUAAGACCAGUGACGGAGAUGUGUUUGCCCAUGCCUUUGUUUUGAAGGCAAGAUCGGCUUUUUUCGAAACAUUGCUAUCAGAGAGAUGGGAUAAAGUAAAUGAGAACAAUGCUCAAUACCUUGAUUUUACUGGGUUGACAAAGUUUCAGAUUACUUUAAUUCUUAGGUACUUAUAUGGUGUUAGUAAUGACAGUCUUUUAGACUGCUUUCAGUAUGAUUUUGGAGAGAAAGAUUAUUUCAUCAAUGAUUUACUUGAAUUGAUUGAAGUCGCUGAUGAAUUAUUGUUGCUUCAACUCAAAUGUGAUUUACAAUUGGCUAUAUGUGAUAUGAUUUCUUUAGACAAUGUGUUGGUUUUACUUGUUCAUGGGUUCACAUUAAAUGCUCAAAAACUUUUUCUUAAUUGUUCUUGGUACAUUUUCAAUAAUCUAGAAGUCUUAAUGUUUUCUCCUGGUUUUAGAGAAAUACCAAGUGAUGCAAUGCAAUUGUUAGAGGUGUUCAUUGACAAGAUACGUAAUGUACCAAAUGGAACCAGAGCCUGGUUUGAUCAAGAUCCAAAUGUUUUGUUUGAAUACAUUGAAAAUAUUGAUGAAUUUAAUGAACAUUUUAUGAGUGAUAGAAAAGGGUUCUCAUCAUUUGAGCCUUUAGUUGACGAUACAUAUGCUGAGACUAGAAAGCCCAAAAAUUUUGUGAAGAAAAGAAAAUCCAGAAAGAGUUCCAGUUCUCCAUUCAACAAGGAUAUUAUUGAUUUCAGACAAAGUUUACGGAAAGAAAGUAAUGGUGAGAGUUUCCCACCAACAAUUGUUGACGAUAGUGAGGGGUUUAUAUUGGUAGAAAAUAAAACAAGACAACGAAAUGCAUCAAAUAUUUCCUUGGAUGUUUCUAGUAUGAAUAGCGGAGUUCACGAUCAUCCGCCAAAUAAGACUGGAUACUCAUCUACAACUGGAAAGGUAUCUUCAACCCAACCUAAUUUUGAGCCAUUUGUGCAAUCAAGUGGACUACCAUCGUCAUCGACUUGGGCGAUUAGACCACAACUAUCACUGGAGUCUUCUGACGCUUUGUUAGCAGCUGAUACUAGUAUAAAACUGACAGAUUUAUCUAGGGCAAGUGGCAAAUCCAAGUCUGUUAAAGCAAAGAUUGGGCCUGUGAUUAAGGUUUCGCAAAAGGAAAGAAAGCGUUUGGCAGCGGCUGCAGCAGCAGCAGCCGCGGCAGCAACAGCGACUAGUGACAAUCAAGAACAAUCCGAAGAAAAGAAUAGUAAACAAACUUCAACUAUUGCACCAUGGUCUACUUGUAUUGCAGAAGCACCUGCAGUCAACUCUCAAAAUAUCAACAGCCUUCCAGUUUUAGGGUCCUCGAAGUCUAAGAAGAAAUCAAUAACCACUAACCGACCACAAACUACAAAGAAGUCGCCUUCCCCAAUAUCCAUACCAUCAAGCACUGCAAGUACGCCUUUUUCAAUGGCAGCAGCGAUAACUCCAGACUCGUCAUUUAAUAGUGUUUACUCGACUCCAUCAUUGACAGAAGUGAUGAUUCAUGAAUCACUCAAAUUGGAACAAGCAAAGUUGCAAGAAACUGAAAGGAAAACGCUUCUGGAAAUUCAGCAAGAACAAGAGUUUGCAAAAUGGUGGGAGGAAGAGUCAAAGAGAGUACAGGAGGAAAUGCAACGAUUAGAACUAGUUGAUAAUAAAAAGAAGAAAAAGAAGAAGAACACAUCACCAAAACCACAAAAACAUAGAAAGCCAAUAAAAUCUCAAUCAUGA